AUGACAACCCAACAAACGGACAACCCUGAAACUGCCGUGAGCAUUCCAGAACCAGCAGCGACAACACAGAACAGAAACAGUACUGCAAGCCGGCUUGGAAAUGCACCGCCAUACGGUUCCAAAUUCGACAUGUAUUUCGACGACGAGGCUCCAGCUUAUACUAUCAUAGAUACUACCGUUGAGAGACGACGAGCUAUCAAGUCUGAGAGAAGAACUUGUGGAGGUUGCAUGCCCGAACGCAAUGCCGUGGUCGCUGUAUUUGCACUAUACUUUUUCUUGGGAGUAGUAUACACCGCCAUAGCUCUUGCUGGUCUGGUGUUUAGCGGAUCAACAUACGACAAGACAACGUCCUUUAUCGACAUUAUCUUGUCUGCUGCGAUGACUACUGCUGGAAUAUGCGGAAUGAGAUUUGUCUACGGAGAAAAUGCCAAGCGAAUGCGUAGAUUGUCCAUCGCUUUAUGGUUCAUCACUCUUGCUAAGCUAACAUACAGCUCGAUUGAUUUCGCUCACUCUGUCAUGCACAAGCAGGACAGUAUCAACAGCUGCAACGAUGCUGUACGAGAUUAUGCUGAAGAGCAUGGCGAACUUGUAGAUGCAGACUGCGAUGGGGCAGUUAGAGACCAACUAAUCCGUGAUGGGUUGAAUCUCUUCUUAUUUGAGACAUUGCAAGUGUACUUUGCGUUUAUCGUAUUCAGGUACUCUAGACGAAUGGGUAAAACGGCUCUUCCGCUGAGCGAUAACGGAAACGUCAACAGUCCGCCAUCAUAUACCGUAUAUGCAGCACGUGUUCCAACUUCAAGUGACUGGAUUCCACCACCGGUAUAUACCGGGAAUCCUAACAACAUUCCUUUAGAAAAAGAGGGUAUUACUAUUACGGAAACGAGAACGGAAACGAGGACGGAAGCUCCUACGGAAACAAGGACGGAAACAGGGACAGAAGCUCCUACGGAAGCAAGAACGGAAACGAGGGAGGGAGAAGAAGAGAACGAGAAUAAAUAG